AUGAAUUCAACCAACAAAAAUUUGAGAUUCGAUGAUUCACUUGCGAGGGAUCCUAAAUUUGACGAGACCCUUAAUAAAGAGCUUUACAUGGAUACAAAUAAAAACAAGACUCUUAGUAAAGAAAUAAAGCAUCAUUAUACCAAAAGAAAAUUAAACCAAUCCACUCAAUUGACAUAUCAAACUCUUAAGCUAUUCAAUUUCGCUCAAAGUAAACUGGACUCGUCUAAUAAAACAUAUGAUCUCAAGUUAGUAGGAAUAGGAGGGGAAAAAGGAAUCUGUAAUAUAUGGAAAAAGAGCUUGCUUCACUAAUUAAAAUAAAACAAUCCAAAUGGAAUUAAGUUAGCUAUAGGAAUUACUAUGUAUAAUGAAGGCUGGUCACUAUUUAAAAAGACAGUAUUAGGAGUUUUUCAGGCUAUAAUUGACAUUUAUCUUGAUCAAAUGAAAAUAGGAAAUUAAAUUUCAUGGGAUUAAUUCAAAGACAAGAUUUUGAUUGUUCUAAUAGCUGAUGGAUAUAAGAAUCUUAAGAAGGACUUUAAAGAAGAGGCUACAAGAUUAGGAAUAUUUGAUGAGUCAGUGAUCACUCCUUUUCUCAAGAGAUUAGAGCAUUCAGUGAAGAGAGAGGAAUUAAUGAACUUAUUUGAGAUCAAAGAGAAUAUCAACAUUAAACUAGAGACAGAAGAUUAAAUGUAUGAUCAAAAUAAUCCUAUAAUGAAUAUCAUUCACUGUUUCCAAUCGUAAAUUUCUCUUGACGUGUUUGACUUUCAAAUUGACUAAAGUUUAGGAGGGUUUGUAAAGAAUCAGGUCAACUUUAUAUUUGCAGUAAAGCAUUUUAAUAAUCAAAAGAUCGAUUCACAUUUGUACUUUUAUAGAGGAUUUUGUGAAUAUCUUAACCCAGAUUAAGUUCUUUUACUGGAUAUUGGGACAUAAGCUUUGCCUGGCUCAAUCAGUAAACUAGUUAAGCUACUUGAUUUCAAACAAUCAAUAGGUGGUGCUUGUGGAGAAAUAGAGGUUGAAAUGCCUAAAUUCUCAAUAUUAUCUGCUGCUUAGUUUUACGAGUAUAAAUUAUCACACUACAUUGAUAAAUCUUUCGAGGGAUGCUUUGGAUACUAAAGCGUCUUACCUGGAGCAUUUUCCAUAUUUAGAUGGGUAGCGAUAAAAUAAAAACCAUUAGAAUAGUUUUUCAAAGGGUUAGAUAAAUCUCAUUUAGGAUUGAGAGAGCUAAACAUGUUCUUAGCCGAAGAUAGAAUUAUGUGCUUUGAGAUUGUCUCUCAAAAUAUCAUCGAAAACGACAUGAAGCAAGCAAAUUACGAUCUGAUCUAUCUACCUGGAGCAGUUGCGCUAACUGACCCUCCUGACUUGUUUUGGAAGUUAAUGGCUCAAAGAAGAAGAUGGAUAAAUGGAGCUAAUGCAACAUUUCUUCAUAUUUUUGGAAAUUGUGGAAAAUUUGCUAGUUCUUCACACAGUCUAAACCAGAAAAUUUUUUAUCAAAUAAAUUUCUUGCUGAUGAUGAUCUCAAACUUCACUGGAUUUAUAGCUCCAGGAUUAUUUUAUGGCUCAGUGUCAUCAUUCUUAAGAUUUAUGUUUACUUCUUCUGACUAAAUAAAUCCGUUUAUGAUUCCAAACUUCAUAGAGAAUCUGAUAAUAUUGAUCUUUAUUUUCUUGAUAAUAACUUCCUUCGGAAUGGGUAAAAAUAUUGAUGAAAAAUAUAUAUCUAUUCUACUUAAACUGACUACUAUCAUACUAGGAUGCAUUUAUAUUUUUGUGAUUAUAUUUGCAUUUAAAGAGUUUUUCUCAUCCUUUUUAAGCGCUCUGCUAAUGCUUAUAUUUGCUGCUACUUUUUUCUUACCCCCGAUUCUAUUCGAUAGGAUUAGAUGUUGCAAAAAUAUCACUUUGUAUUUUGGUUCUAUUUUAGUUUAUAUUUCGAUGAUUCCACUUUACAUGAUUGUUUUCUAAUUUUACUCAUAUGCAAAUCUUCAUGAUGUAACUUGGGGUAAUAGGAGUGCAAGCAAAGAUAAGGACUUGUAGAAAUAUUAAAAGAAUAUUACUUUGGAAAAUAAAUAAAUAAAGACAUAGCAAGAAAGGAAAAAGUAGUAUAAGAGAUCAAGAUUGUUCAUAUUUUUCAUUUGGCUUGUGUGCAAUAUCUUUUCAGGCUAUUUAAUGACAUUUUUCAACAGAAAUGGGAUGACUGAUUUCUUGAAUUUUAUUGCUUUUAGCUUGUUAGUUUACUAAGUUAUCAAGAUAAUUGGGAUGCUGAUUUACAAGUACAAAAUUAAUAAGCUAUAGAUUGCAAUGAAGGAAUUUAAAAAUCCAAUAAAUUCUAAUAGACAUGCUUCAUACAACAUUGAUGAAAUUAACGAUGUUUGA